ACACACAACAAUAAUGGCGGAAAUAAUUGUGUUUGACGAUAGUAGAGGUGAAAAUGACGACAACUAUGCAUAUCAUAAGGCAGAGCAAGAUCUACAAAAGCAUAUCAUGUCAAUUUAUGGGACCUCUGGAAAAAAUUCUGAUAUGUUCCGGUGUGUGUAUAUUACACUUAAUUUACUUUUAAAAGCUGAAAACAUUUUUUAACAUAAUGAAUGAAUGAUAAUCAUUGUUUGUUAAGAAUUAAGUCUUAAGUUAAAUUUAAUUUUAAAAGUUAAGUGUAGACGCUUCGGUAAAGCAAGUGAGACUACAUCAAAAUUUGUAUGGGAAAUGGGCAUCAGUACAGAAGAAAUCUGAGUUUUUAACUUUUGUAUGUUGGUGCUUUUCCAUUAAUAAAAUGUCUAUUUUGUCAUAAAAUUGUGGUAUCCUUCCACAUGUUCACAAUAGGGCCACAAAAGGGGACAUCUUGACCUACAAACUAUAUGCCAACAUAUUGUUUUGCCUUUUUUGAUCGACCUGAGUUUUAGAAAUUCAUAGCUUUUUAAUAUCAUGUCUUUCAUAUUAAUUUCUAUAAAGUUAAUAAAGCAUCAUAUAUUGAUGUAUAUGUAUGCCCAUUCUCAUUGAUGUAGGUCGUGUCCGACAUUCGCUACGCUUGUCCCAAUAACCUGCAUUACCAUAAGGUCGCUCAGCUAAUUUUGUCUUGGAGUGGGCCACACCCCCUUAUUAAUGUCUGAAGAUGCAGAUACUUAGGAAAUAUUCUAUUAUUAUAUUCUAUUGGGGGGGGCGCGGUGGUCAAAGUGAUAGUGCGCUGCGCUGCGGUACCAAGACUUAAAAAUAAAUUUCAAUCAGUCACGGGUUCGAAUCCUGGUGCUGGCACCCCUUCGGGUAGAUGAUGCUCGUUAAAACCUUGGCUAGGAGAAGGAAACUCCAACUUCAAAAAUCCUCUGCUGCCUUGUGCCUAUACCCUUCGGGAAAGGCUAAGGGAGCAAACCCUGACAGAAAAUCAGGAAAUGGAGCACCUACAGGCGGUCUAUACAUAAGACUCUUAUGUACAUACCGGCAGCUCCUGCGACGCCAACGGCAGCCAAGCCGCAUCGACGCAAGUCGUUCCCUUGGUUACACCAUUGACGUGGAGAGGGUGGAUAUGCUGUAUGGGCAGCAGCUAAUUCUCCAUAAUACCCGCCCAGGCUUGCAUCACCUCUGGAGAGGACACUCAUUAUAAGCCAAACGCUCAAUUGACGUAGAGCUAGGCGCCAGGGGUUGCUUCCGACGGUGGGAGAGACUACCAAUGUCUCACUGGACAGCUACCGCCCGCCUCAAACUGGGCAGCCCCCAGUCAAAUAGGUGCUAUCCCGUCAUGGCCUGCCUUCUCCACUGGGUGCGUGGAGAUUAGAGUGCAACCAAACCAAACGGUGAUGCACCAUCGUCUCACGAGACGGAAGGAUGCCGAUAUAGAUUCUAUUAUUACCAAUAUUUACAUCAAAAUAUUUGAUACCUUGUGUUUUAGAGUGAACUUAGAAGUAAUUUAAACAAGAAUAUUUUUAUGCAACUAUACAAGCAUACCCAACCCUCUCUUGUCAAGUCUGGUAUCCACACCUUGCAAAAGUGCAUUGGUGAUGUCAAGUCAUGGAUGACUCUCAGCAAGUUAAAGCUAAACGAUGACAAAACAGAAGCGCUCUUCAUGCACAAUCAUGAAUCAUCCUCUAACUCAGCUCUCCCCAUCUCAUUUCAAGAAGGUGGUUCCGAUAUAGAGUUCACAUCCUCUGCUAGGAAUCUUGGUUACAUUCUUUCUGACAACAUGUCUCUCAAUAAUCAUAUUUCUCACAUCUGUUGCUCUGUGUACACCGCUAUCAGUCAGAUCAGCUCCAUCCAUCACUACCUCACAGUGAGCGCAACAAAAACACUAGUCUGUGCUCUUGUUCUCUCUGGUCUUAACUAUUGUUACUCUCUUCUGUCAGGUUCACCUAAGCACUUCAUAUAAAAACUUCAGAAAGUUUAAAACUCAGCUGCUAGGUUAGUUCUAAAGGCAAAGAAACGUGGUCACGUCAUUCCACUACUUCACUCACUUCAUUGGCUCCCCAUACAGGCACGCAUUGAUUACAAGCUGUCUAUUCUAUGUCACCACUUUUUCUCUGGUUCCUGCCCUUCCUAUCUUACUGAACUUCUUACUGUCUAUUCACAGACACGCACUAAAACAUAUGGUGACCGAUCUUUCUCUUUCUGCGCUCGCAAACAAUGGAAUGCUCUUUCUCUACACAUCCACAAUCAACCGACCAUGCAGGCCUUCAAAACUGCACUCAAAACACAUCUCUUUAAACUCUACUAUCUAGACUGAUUCCCCCAAUAGCCGAUAAACGAUGCUGCUGGUUGCUGUCCAUGGCUUGACAUGUAAAAGUUCUGGGGUGGGUGGGGUUAAUAUACAUUUGUUUUGUUGUUAUAGCUGUAUUUUUUAAUUAAAUAAAUGUCUGUUAUUUUUUACCGUCAUGAUUAUGUUUUCUAAUAUUUUUAUGUACAGCGCAGUGAGCCCAGCCCUAGGCUGGGGGACCGCGCUAUAUAAGACCACUAACAAUAAUAAUAAUAAUCAUAUUUUAAUUAGAGGUUUAAAAACCCAGUAGAGUCAAUAUAAUAAAUUAUCAUAAUUUACCGUUUGCAAUAUGUUGUAUAUGGUAACCAUUCACAGCCAACGUAUAAAACUUAAAAACUCAGAUUCUUCUGUGCUGACUCCAAUUUCCUAUACAAAUUUCCUGUGCCUACUCCUGGCUUUCUGUCAUUCUGUGCAUCCUAACUACAACAUAUUUGAAAGUUACCUCAGAAGGAUAGAUAACAAAUUUAUAAUUAAGAACACUUAAAUAUGAUAACUAGUUACUGGCCUCUUAUUUAUUACACAAAAAUACAUUACUACCCUAAGAAUUUCAGUCACUUAGCCUAAUAUUAGCCAUAUAUUAUAUAUGUUAAAAAAAAAUCCCAGCUCAAAUAAAUUAUAGAACAAUUUUUCAGUGAUUCCUCAUUAAGACCAAUUUGUUAUGAUAAAUAUGCAAUCUAAUCUCUAAAUUGAUGUAACAAAAUUAUGCAAAACUGAGAUUAGCAUUGUUAUAUCAACAAAUUCAUUUUUUUUUCAAAAUGUUAUCCUAUGUUUAUUGAGGAAAGUCUGUACUUAAAAAAAUACCCACAAAACACAUCUGCUGGUUGGUGUUAUUGUUUUUUUUUCAAACGAAGUUGUUUUGUCACACUUUGUCACAUUUUAAUCAUUUGUGUAAGUAUUUUUCAUUAUAUACAUAUACAUUACCAUACUUGGAAAAAUUUGAAAUUGUCACUUUUCUGUACAACUUAACAGACAUGAGUAUCUUGGCUGGCAAAAACUGGCUGUUCAUACUUUAGGGUAAGAAACUGGUGGAAAUGAUCUAGGUCAUGAGCGUCAUAUUUAGUACUCAUUGACUGGUUUUAAUAGUUUCCUAUUUCUGCCAGGCCGUCGUUGUCAGACAAGGCCAAGAUUGGAUUUUUUAGUCUUGAUAGAGCGUCACAGACUGAUGUCACUGAAAUUAUUGACUUGAAAGAUUUGACACAAGUUUUGCAAACUUUGCUAAAGGUUAGCAAGUAGAAUUCAUAUUAGAAAUUUUCAUAGAAGUAAAUUUUCUUUGCAUCAACUACAGUAUUCAUGACCUACCUUUUUACUCAUUUAGCAUCAUGACACCUUCAUUUUUAACAAAAUGCAAAGAAAGAUUUGUAAAGUGCUCAAUAUUAAUGCUAAAUUUAACUUAGAGAUCAAGGCAAUAAAAGGUGAGGCUUUUUUUGAAAAGCAUGUGUGAUCAACCUUUUAAAACAAAAGUUCUCGAUCAACCUUUUAGUCUGUGUAAUUUAGUGUAGUUUGAAUUUACAAAUUUCAAUCAUAAUAAAAUGAGGAAAUCAAGUGCUGUUUACUUUCUUAAAACUAAUUGUUAUAUACUAAGAACUAUUGCUUAUAAAUUUAUAGCGUAAGCAAAUUUUCCCUCUCUUGUUCACAAAAUAUUAAAAACUACAGUGACUUUAGCAACAGAGCAGAAUUAAGCAUUUGAUAAGAUUGUGCUUACAAACAUUACAGAUCAGUUAUAAUUAUUUUAUUUAAUCAAGUUUGUUUCAUGAGAAAUCAAUUUUAAAAAUGAAUCUUAUUCAAAAUUUGAUGGUGUUGCAGGAUUCAGCUAAUCUUCGAAGAGAUAUCAAUUUGACCAAACAUGUAAUGCAAGCUGAUCAUGAGGCAAAACUCCAAGAAAAAUCUUUAGAGCUGUAAGUAAAAUUCAAAUCCAGGGGAAUAAAUAAUAUUAUUCAUUUAAGGAUAACUCUCUAUCGGUCAUUGUUUAUUUUUGAUUUAUUUAUUUGGUCUCUCAUAUGGUCUUUUAAUUAUUGCCAUAAUAUUGAGUUUUUAUUUUCCCUUUUCAGUUAUUGCAGAAUCAAUGAACGAGUUGUAGAACUUGAAAAAAAUCAUCAAGAUGUAUGUAUAAAGUACAUUUAUUUUUUAAAGAUUUAUUAACACACAUCAGCCUAAAUAUAAAAGCUUCAAAAGAUGUAUUAUCCAUAACCGUUUUACCUCUUUUGCAUUUUAGAGAGUGAACUCUCUUCGCAAAGCUUUUCGACAACAACUUGCUGAUGCAAUAUCAAGACUUUCUGUUCAUUAUAGUGUAAGCCAGUUUUGAAAGAUUUUGUAUUAUUUUGAUGUGUUCCAAUUUUGUUAUAAUCAUUAAUAUGUUAAUAAUUCAAACCAAAUACAAUAGUAAACUAUUUUGCAAAAACUCUAUAAUUAUUUAAAGCAUAAUAUUAAAUUUGUAUUAUUUUGAAAGUUGACAAUUUUUUAUUCACAUCUAAUGAAAAAUGAUUUAACUCAUUCACAUAUACUAAAGGUUUAACUGGUUCAUAUAAACUAGAAGAACAAGGUAUGUGGACGCUUGAAAUUGAAGAACAGGACAAUAAAAGAAGAACGGUUUGGCUAAGAUUAAUCUUGUAAUCUUGGUUUUGAAUAACCCAACUUCCUGCAAUAACAUUAUUGGCUAACACUUACGUUUUUAACUACUUUCUAGUUCUUGUCAUUUCUUCAGUUGUCCUGUCUGCUGAGGAAGAUUCUUAGCUGAAUGUUCUUCUUUUAUUGUCCUUUCUCCCUGUUUCAAGACCCCAACGUACGUUGUUCUACUAUUUCCUUCACACAGCUUGAACGCAGUCCUUCCAUUUAUUACCCUAUAAACUAAAUGGUUUCAGAAAAAUCUACAGUCAAGAAUGGUAAGGGAGCGUUCAAAGCAGAAAAAUGACACCGCUGAUAGAGAAGAAAAAUUUAAGGAGAUGCAAGCAACAAUUAUUCGGAAUGAAGGAAUAAUACAAAUGUUGAAGACGCAGUUACAGCAGCAACAAAUGCAGAGUCAAGAUGAUGAAGAUGAGAGAUUUAUGAACAGGACGUUAGCUGCCACUGUAGGUGACACACUUAGGUUUGAACAGGACGUUAGCUGCCACUGUAGGUGACACACUUAGGUUUGAACAGGACGUUAGAUGCCACUGUAGGUGACACACUUAGGUUUGAACAGGACGUUAGAUGCCACUGUAGGUGACACACUUAGGUUUGAACAGGACGUUAGAUGCCACUGUAGGUGACACAAUUAGGUUUUAAAUGGAUUUAAAUUAAUGAUUUUUUAAAGAUUUAUCUAUGAAUUUUAAUGUCAGUGUUACUUUAAAAGGAACAAAAAAACAUUACUAUAACAGAUUGAAAUGUACUAAUAACUUUUUCAAAAAUUUGUAUAUAUUUUGUAAUGGAUUUUUUAGCUGCUUGCCUUUUAAACAAAUGACUAAACAUUUUAUAGACAUACAUAUUAAUUACAUAUAAAAUAAUCAUGAUAAUAUUUUCUAUAUCAGUGGUUUUUUAAAACCUUUCAUCCCGUAGCACACCCAAUGGUUUUACUACUCUUCAAACCCUUACACAAUUUUUAUAUUAUGACUGUGUCACUAUCAAUGAAUAAUGGGGAUUAUAUCAGAAAUACCAACUUACCUCAAAUGAAUAUUUACAUUUUGUAGGUAAAAUUACUUUAAAAUAUUAUCUUUCAAUUUAUUUCCCUUAUGUCAAUAUAUAGCAAUACACAAGUAAACCUCUGCAACACUAUGGUAAAAAUAUGCUGGACUAUGUAAUAUCUUGUUGAAUGUUGUCUUGUGUACUGCAUUUAUUUUAAGUAUUUUCUUUUAAACUCCUCACACAGAUCACACAAGCAAAGAUCUCACCAGAAAACAUUUGUAAAGAUCAUUUACAAUAUCAUCUAGUGUAGUGUGUUUUAUGUUCUUAAAUUUGUUUUAGAUGAACUUUAUCACAAACACAUGACAUAUCCCUACGGAAAACUCAUCUGUGGUAGAUGAGACAAAUAGACCUAAAUUUCUUAAAGGCUGUUUGUCAACUUUGGUCAAACUUAGUACACUUGUUACUGCCUCACGUAUCACAGCAUAUAGCCCCUUGCUCAAAUGACAGUGUCUCACACAUCACAGCAUUUAGCUUCUUGCUCAAAUGACAGUGUCUCACAUAUCACAGCAUUUAGCUUCUUGCUCAAAUGACAGUGUCUCACACAUCAUAGCAUUUAGCCCCUUGCUCAAAUGACAGUGUCUCACACAUCACAGCAUUUAGCUUCUUGCUCAAAUGACAGUGUCUCACACAUCACAGCAUUUAGCUUCUUGCUCAAAUUACAGUGUCUCACACAUCACAGCAUUUAACUUCUUGCUCAAAUGACAGUUUAUCAAAUAUUUCAUAUUCAUUUUUUAAAAUCUGCAUUGCUAUAAUUGAUAUAACCAUGUAUUUUCCAAUUUAAUUUUCUACUUAAAUGAACAAUGUUCCAGCUCCAUUCUGAACCACUGAAGUUAGCACUAAUUAAACACACUUCACUAAUUAAAAAUUAAACACACUUCACUAAUUAAACACAGUUCACUAAUUAAACACAGUUCACUAAUUAAACACAGUUCACUAAUUAAACACAGUUCACUAAUUAAACACAGUUCACUAAUUAAACAUGCUUCAUUAAUUAAAUACACUUCACUAAUUAAACAUAUUUCACUAAUUAAACACACUUCACUAAUUAAACACAAAGAUGAAAAUCAGGUAAUACAUUACAAAAUCAAACUAAACAGCAGUGUACCAGAUUUCCUGAGGUUAUUUAGCCCCCAUAUAUAUGUAUGUAUAACCAUACUCAAAUUACUUAGCAAAUCAUUUUUACUAAGUUUUAAAAAAAAUAUUAUAGCAUAAAUCAAAUUUAUUAACUUAUUUUGAACUUUCAUAAGCCUCAAGAGGACCUGGAAGAACAGCUCAGUGCUGUUCAGGAACAGCUUGAAGAAGCAAAGCAAAAGCAAGAAAUGUCAGAUAAAAAGAUCAGCAGAUUAGAAGAGGCCUUAGAGAUCAAAGAAGAGGAAAUUUCAACACUUCGUGAGUAUUUGUGAUAUGCACCUCAUGAGUACUUGAGAUAUGCACUUUGUGAGUACUUGAGAUAUGCACUUCAUGAGUACUUGAGAUAUCCACUUCAUAAGUACUUGAGAAAUGCACUUUGUGAGUACUUGAGAUAUCCAUUUCAUAAGUACUUGAGAAAUGCUCUUUGUUAGUACUUAAAAUAUGCACUUCUUGAGUACUUGUGAUAUGCUUACCGCAGAUUAUUAAAAUUAUUAAAUAUUUUUUAGAUUUUAUUUACAGCACACAUAUGUCUCUGCCAUCUGUCGGUUACAAUGUGCCGAUUUGAUAGACUUGGCGGGAAGAAAUCACAAGGCCUGGGUUUUUUUUCUUUAGGAUGAUAAGCUGGUUUCCCUAGACAGCAAAUCGCCUCUUUCCACAAACCUGGAUAACCCAAGGGAAUAUCAUGUGGAUGAUACAGCAUGGCACCAGUAGCGUCGCAGCAGUUGCUGCAAUUUUCAUUGUGUAAAUGUUAUCCGCCUAUGGGACUCCAUCUCUGGGUUAGAAUUCUGAGUUUUCCAUCUCUUAGAUGAGUUGCCAUCCAAGGUUAACGAGUCCCAUCCACCACGGGUGCUGGUCUUAGAUGAGUUGCCGUCCAAGGUUAACAAGUCCCAUCCACCCCAGGUGCUGGUCUUAGAUGAGUUGCCAUCCAAGGUUAACAAGUCCCAUCCACCCGGGGUGCUGGUCUUAGAUGAGUUGCCAUCCAAGGUUAACAAGUCCCAUCCGUCCGGGGUGCUGGUCUUAGAUGAGUUGCCAUCCAAGGUUAACAAGUCCCAUCCACCCCAGGUGCUGGUCUUAGAUGAGUUGCCAUCCAAGGUUAACAAGUCCCAUCCACCCGGGGUGCUGGGGAAGUUUUUGUUUCUCUAGGCUUUGGUGGGGAUUAAACUCGAGAUCCAGCUUUUUGAUUUGACCCAGUACAGACCGCUCAGCCACCCAGUACAGACCGCUCGGCCACCCAGUACAGACCGCUCAGCCACCCAGCACAGACCGCUCAGCCACCCAGCACAGACCACUCAGCCACCCAGCACAGACCGCUCAGCCACCCAGCACAGACCGCUCAGCCACCCAGCACAGACCGCCCAGCCACCCAGCACAGACCGCUCGGCCACCCAGCACAGACCGCUCGGCCACCCAGCACAGACCGCUCGGCCACCCAGCACAGACCGCUCGGCCACCCAGCACAGACCGCUCAGCCACCCAGCACAGACCGCUCAGCCACCCAGUACAGACCGCUCAGCCACCCAGUACAGACCGCUCAGCCACCCAGUACAGACCGCUCAGCCACCCAGUACAGACCGCUCAGCCACCCAGUACAGACCGCUCAGCCACCCAGUACAGACCGCUCAGCCACCCAGUACAGACCGCUCGGCCACCCAGCACAUAUUACUUAUUCAAAUAAUAGUAACGAUUAAAAUGAUGUUUGUGCAGCCUUAAAAGAAUCUCACUUUGUUCAAUAUAUUGUAGGCCUACAUACAACUAAAAGUCUUAAAAUCUUUCUGGUCAUUCAUCAGAUACAGAUCUUGAUUUUCUUAAAGAGCAAUUGGAAAGAAGUAACAUCAUGGUAGAACAGGUAAAUUUGAUUAUAUUUAGUAUUCCUAUGGUAUUGUAACUAAUUUUUGUUUAUCUUCUCCACUAGAAUGGUGGGUGUGUCCAUUCUAUUGGCCCUUUGAUGGGGAUGACCCCGGGCGAAUUUAAACUUACUUUUAGAUAUGACUAUGUAAUAGAUGCACUAUCAUAGUGCUCCAGGAAUGUAGACCUAACAUGAUCAUGACAACAGUCUUAUUCUUAUUUUGAAAUAUUGAUUUUAAAAAAAGUUUUUUUAAAAUAAAUGAAUGUUUCCAAAUAAUUAUUAUGAUAAGAUUUUUAAUUUAAUGGGCUCCGUGUGUCACAUAAUGAAAAUCAACUACUAAAUUUUACACUUAUAUGCAUUCCGUAAAGAUGAUUUUAAAUUAUUUUUGUGCUUUUUUAUCCUUGCUUUUUUUUAGAGUAUAAAUUAUGUAGGGCCACUGGAAGGUAGUGUGGAAUGGGUGGGGGAUGGUGGCGAGAGGUAGGGAGUAGGAGGGGAGCAGUGUUAGGGGGUUGGAAGAAUUGGGUUGCUGAGGCAUUUACCUAGGAAGUGGAUUGAAGACUGUGGAGAUGGUAGGUGGUAGUUGCAUGAGAAAAUGGUAGGUGAUAGGUGGAUGUGGAGAUGGUAGGUGGUAGUUGCCUGAGAAAAGGGUAGGUGAUAGGUGGUUGUGGAGAUGGUAGGUGGUAGUUGCCUGAGAAAAGGGUAGGUGAUAGGUGGUUGUGGAGAUGGUAGGUGGUAGUUGCCUGAGAAAAGGGUAGGUGACAGGUGGUUGUGGAGAUGGUAGGUGGUAGUUGCCUGAGAAAAGGGUAGGUGAUAGGUGGUUGUGGAGAUGGUAGGUGGUAGUUGUCUGAGAAAAGGGUAGGUGAUAGGUGGUUGUGGAGAUGGUAGGUGGUAGUUGCCUGAGAAAAGGGUAGGUGAUAGGUGGUUGUGGAGAUGGUAGGUGGUAGUUGCCUGAGAAAAGGGUAGGUGAUAGGUGGUUGUGGAGAUGGUAGGUGGUAGUUGACUGUGGAAAUGGUGGGUGAUAGGUGGUUGUGGAGAUGGUACGUGAUAGUUGGGUGGGGAUGAAGAUGGGGAGAACCAUCAAAAAGGCUGAAUGCCUGUUUUUGGGUCAAGUCAAACAUAAAAGACCAAUAACAAAUUGUCCAUAGUUUAAUCUGUCCAUUUAUACUUAGUUCGUAUAAACGCAUGGGUUGUGACUCCCUUUGUUUUCAAUGGGUUUGUCGACUGAAACAAUAAACUAAAAAAUAUCAAUUUUUAAGCGCUAUUCAUAUUUAAUAGGUUUUUUAAAGUUUGAAUGACAGUUUAAAUCAUCACAUAAUUUAUGUCAUUAACUGGUUAACUACCAUAAGCCACUGGGAGCGGCAGGGCAUGUCUUUUUUUAUGGCCACGAGCCGCUGGUAGUGCCAACGUUAGUAUCAUAGUCAACAUGACCUAGAUUUAAUUCAGCCUCAGCCAGUUUUUCAAUCUCAUAGCUAAUCAGUUAAAAUUAUAUUUUACUUCAUAACAUUUUAUUUAGGUGAUGCUUUUGUCAUUUAACUAAUUAACCAUUUCACCAAAAUUAUUUGUUGAAACUUAGAUGAGGCAUGAGCAAAUGGAGAUGGCAAAUGAAGCUUCCAGAGAAAAAGAAACUUCUAGAAAGAUGGUUAGUCACAAAUUAUAAGUGUUUGUGAGAUAGAUGUACCAUAUAUAUCUUUAUUUUAAUGCAAAAUAUUUUUUGUGAGAGAUUUAAUUUUUACAAAAUAUUUUUAAAAAUUUCUUUUUUUUUCUAUAAGCUUGGGCAGCAGAAGGAUGAAAUGAAAAGACUGAUGGAUGAACAAAUUCGCUUGGCCAGAGAAGAGGUAGGGAUCAGAUGAACCGUUUUAAAAAUCAUUGACUUAAAACUGUUUUUAGAUUAAAAAUACAGUUAAAAAGGAAAAAACUUAUUUUAUCUCAUGUUAAUUAAGUUACACCACUUUUUCUUCUUGAAAAGGCCAUGGUGAAAAUGAAAGAAGAAUCUUCUAAAACACAGAGUGGAGAUCAAACAAAGCUCAAACAAUUACAAGAAAAAAUUGCUAAUCUUGAAUCUCAAUUAACAAAGGUGAAAAAAUGAUGAGUUCCUAUUUAUUUAAUAUUGUAAUUAAUGAAUUAUAUUGACUUAUUUAUGUGUCGUAGCAGAGAUUGAUACCUUCAUCCUGGUGCAACAAUCUUACAUUAAUGCAAAUCUACCACCAUUAAAGCAUUUUCAAGAUUGCUAUUUAGUAAUACUAUAAAAGAGAAGAUCUUAGUCUUAGAGAAAAAGUUUUAGAAGUAGUCAUAAAAUUUAACUCUUACUUUGAAAUCAUAAAAUGAAAAAAAAAUUGUAUUUUAAACAUAUUCAUUAAAUUCAAGGAAAAAGACAAAAACAAUUCUUUGAAUAGCAAGUCUGUAGACACAAAAGCUGUAAAAGAAAUGGAAGAGAAACUGAGAUCUGAAAUACUCAGGUAAUUUAGAUUACUAGCAGAUAAUGAUGGUCAUUACUUUAGAUACCUGGUAGAUAUAUAUCUAUUUGUUUAAUGUCCCCCAAAGCUAGGCAUGAUUUUGUAACACUUGAGAAAUGGUUUAAAUUUAAAAUAUUUUAGCAUCAUUAACAAACUUGAAUUGCUUGGAAGAUAAUUACUAGUUCAGUAUGUGCCCAUCCAUAUAAAACAAUUAUUAGAUAAUGUCUUAAUAAAUUUGCUGUAAUUACAUUAUUGUUUUUAUUAAAUUUUAUUUAUCUUUUUUGGUUCAUGGCUGAUUUUUUUAGGCAGUGUCUACACAUCGGGUAACUGGACAAAUAGUGCGGGGGAUAUUCUUCCAGCGGGCAUAUCACGUGACCACCGGACGACUUGUGGGUGUUAUUAUUCCGGCAGACACGUCAUGUGUCCAGAGGUCACCGGCAAAAUAGUUGCAUUGCAUAAGAUAUACCAAUAUUGUGUAUAUAUGUUAGUCAGCCGAUCCCUAGAUAAUAAAUAAAUACCGAAUAUGUUAAAAUUUUCAAAUGCUCUGAGAUACAUAAAGUGUAUCAUAAGCUUUUGACUUUGAAUUAAAAAUAUUAUAAUACAAGUAGUCUAUUUGAAUCUGACUCAUCAAAAAAAACAAAACAAAGUCCGAUGUCUUGGUUUAAAUAUCUUAUAAAGCUCUACCUAGUAGCCUAAAUUUAAAAUAUGAAUGUUAUAUAGAGCUUGUUUACAUAAUUUUUCUCGUGCGUGCCCUCUGAUUGACCCCGCAUGAGACGCUGUGUUCACAGGGGGGUGUGGCUUAGUCGUUUGAUCUGUCGUGUUUAUGCCGCCAGCCACUAAAAAUAAUUAAUCUGUUCUAAAUAGUAUUUUGUAGAAUGAUUGUGAUUGUUCUAGAAAUGCUGGAUAGCUUCUUGAAGGCAGGGCUUGGGCGUCGGUAGACCCACCUAUAUAAGAAAUUGACAGGCACGUACGGAGAGACGGAGAUUCAGAUAGCUUUUAUUAACUUCACGAGACGUGUAUUAUUCUUUGUGUUCUUAUAUAUGUGUUUAUUUUCGCAUUUCAUCAUUAUUCAUUGGCACAUUAUUCUAACUGUAUUAACUGUGUACCGGUACGAGAUCUACCAUACUGUAAGUUGAAGAUUGUAAUUAUAUUUUCUUUACUUUUGUAAUUAUCUUAAGAAUUAAUAAAUCUUAUUAAUUGUAACUAGAAACUGUUUUGGGUGUCGUAUCUUUAAUAUUGUUGAUUCUAUGGUAUCGUCCUUUGUUAGGCACUGUUUACAACGAGCCAAAUUAAAAUUAAAAUAGGAGAUUAAUUUCUCCCAAUACAAGUCAGUGCGUAACAAUGAACCAAACAAAAUAAGACCCAGUUGGCUUUCAAUAGAUCUACUGUCAAAAAAGUUUUAUUUAGGGCCAUUAAUAUUGGGUGAGAAGUAGGCUACCCUAACAGCACACUAUAUUGGCCCUAUAUUAAGAUAUAGGGUCUAUUUCUUUAUGAACUAUCGACCUCACCGCUUUAAUUAUUUAUCACCCUCACUAUCAUUUUUAUCCUUUCUCUCUCAGUAUUUCUUCCUUUUAUUAUCCUUCCCCCUCCCCCCCCCCCCCAUUUUUUCUUUUUUUUUUCUUUCCCCCCCCCCCCCCCCUGAUUUGUUGAAAUGAAGUAAACCCGUUGCACACAUGCAUCUCCGAUGCCAUUUUUUUUAUUCUGAUCGAUUAUUAGCGGUCACGUGAUAAGUCUGACGGACAAAUAUCUCUCCCAAUUUUGUUACAGCAGUCAUGUGACUUUGUCGCCGGACGAAUAUAUGGAGAAUUUAUUCGUUCGGUCGCCGGACGUGCAGACACUUUGUUCUGUUUUUUUCCUAGCAGCCACUUAACAUUUCUUAUAAUUUGUAAUCUUCAUUCUUCUUUUAAUACUGUUAGACUCCAAGGAGAACUGGAAAAGACACAUCAUAUGUGGGAAAAGAAAUUUGCUAUUCUCCAACAAAGGUAGAAAUCAAUUCUGCUAUUAUUUUGUCAAGAUUCUUAGAUAUUUUUUCUCAUCAAUUCCUUUUCUAGAUAAGACUUUGCCUUGUUCAAUCAGAUAAAAAGAGUUGUAGGUAUCAAAAAGAAAAAAUUAAAAUUGUCUUAUUUAUUUAACGUAACAAGGUUUGAAAAAUGAGAUAAUUAGUUGUAAAGUAUUAUUUACAAAUAAGUCCUCUUAUCUGAAAAAUUCAAUUUGUAAUUGAAAUAACUUGACAGCCGUUUACUAUUUUUAUUUUCUCUCUAUCUUGAUAUCAGCAUGCAUGCCUUAAAGGAUGAAAGUUACUUGAGACAGACCCUUCAGAGACAGGCAGCCCAACUACACCAUGCUGCUGUCAGUUAUUCUGUAAGAAAUCCCUCAACCCUUACUGGCAUUAUGGUCUGUUAACACUUACUCUAAUCUCUAAUGUUCAUAUCACCGCCACAAAACUGAUUUUUUUCCUUCGCCAGUACGAUGUAAAUUUCUGGGAUUUAUAAUGACUGAGACCGUGAAACCAAGGUUUGAUAUAAAUAGCUUUUCAUAUCACAUUAAUUUACAUAUUUGCAUCAUUCAAAGUUGCAUUGGGUAGUUCCUAGAUUGCAUUGCUGUGUCUACACUGUUAAAUGAUUACAUUAGCGAAAAGUUUUUACACAUUUUUGUAACCUUGUUUUAAGCUUGCUUGGAGAUCUUGUAUCAUAUAAAUUAAAAAGACCUGAAUACAUGAAGUUUGCAAUAAACUCUGCAAAUCUGCAAACCUUCUAAUGCUUCAUUUGGCUUUUGACAAGAGUGGGUUUUCGAAUGGUAUGCACAUGUCAAGGGCAUUACAGAGUCUUUUUAAGACGACAAACUUUCAGGGAGAUCAGAGAUCACAAGAAAAAGUUGAGAAACUUAAUCAACUGGACCCCUGUAAUACAAUGCAGAAUCUUUGUCAUAUGACUGGAGUCAGUUAUGGAGUCUGCCAAAAGAUCCUAACAGAAGACACACAAAAAGAUGAAUUGCUACCAAGUUUGUUCCAUGACUUUUGAUACUGUAUCAGAAGCAGAAGUGUGAUGUGUGCCAUGAUCUUUGCGAGUUGAUGAACAACCCAACAUUCAUCUCUAAGAUCAUUGCAAGGGAUGUAACUUGGCCUGGACCUUUUUCCUUAUUUCCCAAACGAGGGAGAUGAUGAACGUUGGCCUAGCCCCUUGUAACUUUGCAUUGAUUCUCAAACGAGGGAGAUGAUGAACGUUGGCCUAGCCCCUUGUAACUUUGCAUUGAUUCUCAAAUGAAAUUUAAGUUAAAUAAUCCCUGCUCCAACUCAGAAGAAGAAAUUCUAAGGAAUUCAAAGAUGUCAUUGAACAUGAUGUUUUUUUUUAAAAGACUUGAUGGUGCCUCUGAAGUAGGGAAGAUGUACUGGGAUCAGUUUGAGGCAAUGUGCCUCUGAAGUAGGGAAGAUGUACUGGGAUCAGUUUGAGGCAAUGUGCCUCUGAAGUAGGGAAGAUGUACUGGGAUCAGUUUGAGGCAAUGUGCCUCUGAAGUAGUGAAGAUGUACUGGGAUCAGUUUGAGGCAAUGUGCCUCUGAAGUAGGGAAGAUGUACUGGGAUCAGUUUGAGGCAAUGUGCCUCUGAAGUAGGGAAGAUGUACAGGGAUCAACUUGAGGCAAUGUGCCUCUGAAGUAGUGAAGAUGUACUGGGAUCAGUUUGAGGCAAUGUGCCUCUGAAGUAGGGAAGAUGUACUGGGAUCAGUUUGAGGCAAUGUGCCUCUGAAGUAGUGAAGAUGUACUUGAAUCAGUUUGAGGCAAUGUGCCUCUGAAGUAGGGAAGAUGUACUGGGAUCAGUUUGAGGUACAGUGCCUCUGAAGUAGUGAAGAUGUACUGGGAUCAGUUUGAGGCAAUGUGCCUCUGAAGUAGGGAAGAUGUACUGGGAUCAGUUUGAGGCAAUGUGCCUCUGAAGUAGGGAAGAUGUACAGGGAUCAGUUUGAGGCAACUCCAGCCAAAAUUAAUCAAAGGCAAGUCUACAUUUUUGCUUACCCUUUGUCUCUGAUCAUUCUAAUACCACCACAUUUACUCUAUUAAAAUAUUCUGAAUGUUAAAACAGAGAUACAUUAAAUUUUGUAGUUUCAUUUUUAUUAUAUUUCCCUAAUGCAGGUUGACAUGCCAUCUGGUGUAUCACCAGUAAAAGAACAUUCACCCCCUUUGAAGAAACCUUUGGUACGAUCAGUCAACUUUUUAUGUAAUACAUUUUGUAUGUAUCAGUUAUUUUUAACAUAUUUCUUUACAAACAUUUAUACAUCUUUAAAUGAUUAAGUUUGUCUUUUUUUAAUUUUUACAAUUGUCACACAUUUGACAGUUUUAUGUCAUGCAAUUGACAGUUUUCUGUCACGCAUUUGACAGUUUUAUGUCACGCAAUUGACAGGUUUGCUUUACAACAACUUUGUUCCCUUUUAUUUAAAAAAAAAAAGCCUGAUAUAGGAAAAAGGAAUAAACGAGGUGGUUCUCAAAGUCAGGAGAAAGACUGCAUAUCUUACACAGUAUCUGCGCCUAGUGGUCGGGGUACAGCCAUGUUUUCUACUGAUGGUAAGUUCUGGCUGGAUAAUGUAAUCUAUUGAGAGUUGAAAUCUGUAGCAGGCAUAAUCAACAAAUAUAACACUUCUCUGGAAAGAAAAUUGAGGGAACAGAAAUAUUAUGCAUCCCAUUAAUUGGAUUACUUAUGCUGUGACCUUAAAGUUCACUUAAACUCUUUGAAAUGAAAAUAUUGGAACUGGGACUUUUCAAAAGAAUCAAAUUUCAUUGGUUUGCUUGACUUGCAGAAGACCAGAUAAUGUCAGAAAAUGAUUUGGGUUUGAUUCCUGCAGAUGUUCUACUGCUCCCUGAACCACUUUUGAGGUGAACAUUCAAGUCUAAGUUUUUAAUCUGCUUUAAAUAUUGAGAUCAUAAAAAUAAUUAUACUUUUUUUAUAAUGGCAAACAAUAUUCUGAAACACUUAAGUUAGUUUUACACUCAAUCUAAAUGAACUUCUGUAUCAACCAAUUUUUGUGCUUUUAGUUUUUAUAUGUCAGUUUUUAUACUCAACCCAAGUGAAUUUAUGUUUUAUACAUUUUUUCACUUAUAGAAAUACUCAAGAUUGUGGUGACGAAAGUAGACCGUCCACUCAGCCUCAUAUCGUAGUCUUACCAAGUAUUGAGGCUAAAUAACGGCCCUCGCAAAUAAACCUUGAAUAAAUAGUUUCAGUUCUGUUUAUUUAUAUAUUUUUUAUAGAUGAGUAAGAAAUGUAAUUAUUGAUGCAACUGAGGUUGUUAUGGAAAUGGAGGGUGAUGACGCUUUAUUUAAGAAUUUUAUCAUUUAAAGGAAGUUCAUAGUUCAUGUGUAACCUUAUUUCAAAAUCUCUUAAAGUCAUUUAAAAAGGGCCACCAUUCUAUGGAUGAGAUACUGUGCAUAUUGAUGUUUAAUUUAUUGUAAUAUUUACUUUCUGUUAAUAAAUGCAAUAAUGAAAACUAAA